CUAAAAAAAAUUAAUGGGAUUUUUUUGUGUGUGUGUGUUUAAUCUGGAACCUUACUGUUGUUCUCUAUGAGACUAGGAAUGUGUAAUAAUUAACUAAUUAACCUUCACCUCAGCUGUUUGCUGACAGUUGCCAUCUCUUCUAUGAACUUUUUGGCACUAUGUCCGUCCUUGGCUUGCACAGGUUUGCAGCACUGAAUACUCAGACUUUAGCUUUCUGCUGCUUGAUAUUGUUAAUCGUUAUCUCAACAGUGUCAAUACCGAUGGCAUUUUUACUGUUUAGUAAAGACUAUUGUUCAUUUCAGUUUCACUAUUAUUUAUUUCUACUGUAGCACAACACUUGAGACAACUGUCAGGCCAGCAGUUGUCAUCAAUUUCUUUGUGUAUGCAAGAGGGAGUGAGGCACAGACCACUUGUCUGUUCAUCCUGUUUACUUGCAUUCCCUGGCAGCAGUGCUCGCUGGGUCUAAAAUGCCAUGAGGGAGGCUGUGUAUGUAUGCGUGUUUAAAUCGAGACUCUCCGGCUAAUAAAGGGGGCAGUUCAUGUCGCACUGUACCAUGUGUGGGUGGUGGGUGGCCCGAGCCCGACCUUCCCUCUGUCUCUCUCUUGGUCUUUGCAGCCCUGUGUGUAACAAAACUGUCUCUGCUGUGUUGAUUUUCCUAUCAGACGCCUAUCAUGCCUUUUCUCCUGGGGUUUAGACAGAACCGGCUGGUUUGUAUAGGAGUAAACAACCAGAGCUACUUCUGUGAUUCGGGCCACUGCUGUGGAGAAUCUCAGUGUUGCAGUUAUUACUACGAGGUGUGGUGGUUUUGGUUGGUCCUUACGCUCAUCACCAUGCUGGGCAGCUGCUGUGUGUGCCACCACCGUCGAGCCAAACACAGACUACAGCAACAGCAGCGGCAGCACGAGAUCAACCUCAUUGCUUACAGAGAAGCCCAUAACUACACCUCUCUACCCUUCUACUUCAGGUUCCUGCCUGGCUACCUCUUACCCGCAUAUGAGGAAGUCGAGAACAGACCUCCUACGCCCCCGCCUCCAUACAGUGCCUCCCAGCCAGCCCAGUCCACCAGCACGGACCCCCUGUGCUCUGAACAACCAGAUGAGCUCUGUCCUCCAUUGCAGUCCAGCCCCGCCACCCCAUCUGCAACUGACAUCUGUUCCCCGGGACCCUGCGUAGAGCAGGCACAUUCUGCCACCACACACCACCCUGCCAGAAAUGCCCACAAACCACAGUACCUCAGCCUAGAGGACGACGGGCAGCUCCAGCAGGUGGCGUGCGCUAACUCACACAGCCCAAUCAAACAAGGCAGCUCCAGUGAGGACCUGACCGAACCCGGAGAAGACUGUUCUCCCGAAAGCAAAGACAAGACUCCAGGGCGUCACCGGCGCUUUACGGGCGACUCUGGGAUUGAGGUAUGCGUGUGCAGCCAGGGGCCUGGAGACGGAGAGGAAGAGGAGGAGAUGAAAGAGCUUGUGGGGCUUAUGGAUGGAAGGGAGCUCGAGGAGCAGGACUUCUGUGAUAGUUGCAAUCCCCGUGGCAGCAGCCCUCCUCUGGGUCCCGGUGAUGAGGAGCAGGGCCUGGCUGACUCAGACGUGCCUCUGGAGCAUCAGCGACCUCCAGUCUGCCUCCAUCUGCACACUAUCAAUGAACAGGACGGUCCACAUCACGGCAACAACACGGACCCCCAGAGUUGAGCACAACCAGUUCCAGCAGAGACUUCCUUUAGACUGCUGUCUCCCUUUACUUUCUUGAGAUACAUCAGUUUGUACUGUCAGCUAUGUCACUUUGUGUGUGUGUGUGCAAGUGAGAGAGUUUUAAAAGGGGCGUUAAUGUGCGAGUCCUCACGGUUUUAUGGAUUAAUAAGGUAAUCUAUUAAAGACGUUAAUGGGUCUGUUGCCUCACAGAGAGGUCACGAUCAAAGCCACAGGGGAAAUUCUCCAGUUUAUAGCCUUAUCGAGCUCUGGGUGACAUGCCUGUAGAUUAAAGGCUUUUUGUUGGCAUUUUGGAGGCUGAUUGCCUCCUGAUAUGAAGCUGGCACUCAAUGUCGGGGAAUAUUGAUUUGUGCUGGUUUUUGCUCCUGAAUUCUUACUUUUAAUAUUCUUUUAAAAUAUUUAAAGGGAUGGGUUACCUAAAAAUGAAAGUUCACUCAACUUGAAACAAAUGUUUUUAAUGACACCUUGAGAGAUUUCACUUGCUCUUUUGGAAGUCCAUUCCACCAAAGCUGUGACGCUUCAAAAAGUUCAUAAAAAAAUUGUAAAUUAAAUCCAUAUGCACAUACAUAGAGCACAUCAAAUAUGGUAAACAGAAGCUGAAACGUACUUCCUUGAUAUGUGACAACCGAUCAAGCUUCAGCAAGACCCAAUGAGGUUUCUUAUGUGUCAAGCAAGUACGCUUGAAUUUCUGGUACUGUAUGUUCGUUGAUCAGUGUUUAUAUCUGAAUAAAAGCCUAAAUUAAAUCUGUUUAUCAUAUAAAGUGUUUGUUUCUCUUCAGAAGACUUAAAUUAACCGCUCGAUUCAUAUGGAUUUAUUUUACGAUCUCUUUAUGAAGCUAAAAAUAAGCAUCUAAGUUUAGGUGGAGUGGAGGUGGAGAUAUUUUUCAGAUUUCAUUAAACAUAUCUUAAUUUGUGUUUUAAAGGAAAACGAAUGUUUUCUGGGUUUGGACAGACAUGGUUAACUAAUUGAUAACAUUUUUUUCAUGUUUGGGUGAACUAUUCUUUUAAGAUUAUAUUGUGCACAAAAAAUGGAAAAGACAGCCACAGAGCAGUCUACUAACACUUCAAAGCUUUAAUAUUUAGUUAUUUUUUGUCUAUAUUACGUGUCCUUUUUAAAAAAAAAAAAAAAAAAAAAAAAUUGUUUUUAUCUGGAGUAUCUGCAUGAUGCUAUUCAGAAAAAUGAAGGAAAAUUCUAAUUUUUUUUUGUUGUCUUUUUGUAUCAAUAAGUGAACAUGCUCCCUACCUAGCAGGGUAUGGCUGGCAUUUUGUUUCAUCAUUGUAUUACACAUUCAAUAUUUUGCAUGAUUAUUUGCAGAAACAAAAAUAGAUCCACAAGCAUAAACUGAAUACAUCCACAUACUAGUAAUACAUUGUUCAUUAUGCAAAGACUCAUCAAAUGAAGGCUGAAAAUACCUUUGUAUAUAGAUCGAACCCAGCUUGUACAUUUACAAUAGGUGCCUUUGUUGAUUCGAGUAGUUUUCAUAUGCCUUAAAGAGAACGGUAUGCGUGUGUCAGAAUUUCUACAUAAAAUAAUUAAGGGCCAGUAUGAGUGAACGUUUUGGUCAAUGGUAAUUACUUGUUUGAAAGUAUCACUUGAUAAGCCUUCCAUAUCAUUUAAAUAUGUUUGUUUUUUGCCUUAAUUUUAUUUCUGUACUCUCCAAUAGUACUUUUAAAUUGUUUUUGUAUCUUAACACUGUAAGAGAACUCUCGCACCACUAACAGUAACUUAUGUAUAGGCCUUAUUACGUAAAAUAAUCUUUUAAUGUGCGUUUUAUUGUAGCAGAUCAGGUAAGGUUACUGUCAUGCUAGUGUAGCACUUAUGUCGGGUUCAUGAUGAGAUUGAGAUUUGUUUUUCUGUGGCGGUGAGACUGUCUAAAGCUGCUCCACUGCAUUCCCUAGACUGUGUGUGUGUGUGAGAGAGAGAGAGAGAGAGAGAGAGAGAGUGUCAUAGUGGAUUCCUUUAAGUAGGAUCGUUCUUCAGGCCACUGUGUUUGCUUGACCUUUGGUUUGGAUUAGCAGUUAGUCAUCCUUUAAUAGAGUCUUAGCUUGGGCACAGAUGGCUUUUCGGCCCUGUUGAUCUCCAGAUCAGAGUGUUCCUGUGUAAAUGGAGGCUAAUUUUCUUUCAAACGUGAUGUGGCUGGUAAAUUAGGUUCCUAGUGUGUUAGCUGGAAAAACUGGUUUUGGGAGGCAGAUUCCAACACAGACAUGAUGCCUUCGAAAACAUUUGUGUAGCAGUGCUGUUUGAGCGAAUCCAAAUAUUGAGCAUUCUGAACUAUUUAGACCAGUUAUAUCAUUAUAGUUAUAGCAUUUAUCAAAAUAUUUGACCGUUUAAGGGAAACCUUGAAGUUAUGAAGUCAGUUCAGUGAGGAGUUUAAAUCAUCUGUCGCGGCAAUGAUGCUCAUGUUGUUCUUUCUGUAGCUCUAGUCUCCAUUGUUUUCUCUCGUCCUUUGAUGUUUGAGACCAAAGGUAUUGAUUAAAAGCGGAAAGCUGAGUUACUAUGUUGGGUAGCUCACUGUGAAUGAGAUGUUUUCAUUUUGCCUAAAUAAGUUGUCAUUGCACUGUUUUGACACUGAGCGGUGAGUGUGUGAGUGCUUGAAGGUGACGAAGGCUUUGCAAGCCAAUUGCUUUUUUUUUUUUUUUUUUUCUUAAGCUUUGAUUCAAGCCUGGUACUACGUUUUAGUUUUGUAUCUGUAGUCACUUUCUUUUUAUAUAAAAUUGUAUUUUCUGCGUUUUAUAAGAAGACUCAACCAAAUUAUAGAGUAUCAAAGAAUGUUCCAUAUGAAUAAAAAAAAAGCUGUUAAAGCCAA